CCGGCUCAGUGUGCGUGGAGAUUAGGUCUGAGCGCCCGCCCCGAGGCCGGCAGUCCGCAAGCACUAGCCGCCGCCGCCAGCAGCAACCUUCGCGAGCAGCGCCGCGGCGGAACCGGGCGCAGGGGAGCUAGCCCGGCCCCGCCAGCCCAGCCCAGCCCGGCCUGACUCCCUCCCUACGCCGGGGCAGCAGCAGCCGCCGCCGCCGCCAGGAGAGAAGGUGGAGGAAGAAAUACAGCCCCUAGCACGCGCGCACCGUCAUGGACCAUUAUGAUUCCCAGCAAACCAACGACUACAUGCAGCCCGAAGAGGACUGGGAUCGAGACCUGCUCCUGGACCCGGCCUGGGAGAAGCAGCAGAGAAAGACAUUCACAGCAUGGUGCAACUCCCACCUCCGCAAGGCCGGGACGCAGAUCGAGAACAUCGAGGAGGACUUCCGGGAUGGCCUGAAGCUCAUGCUGCUGCUGGAGGUCAUCUCAGGUGAACGCCUGGCCAAGCCGGAGAGAGGCAAAAUGAGGGUGCACAAGAUCUCCAAUGUCAAUAAGGCCCUGGACUUCAUAGCCAGCAAGGGGGUCAAGCUGGUGUCCAUUGGAGCCGAAGAAAUUGUGGAUGGGAACGUGAAAAUGACCCUGGGCAUGAUCUGGACCAUCAUCCUCCGCUUUGCCAUCCAGGACAUCUCCGUGGAAGAGACUUCGGCGAAGGAAGGGCUACUCUUGUGGUGUCAGAGAAAGACAGCCCCUUAUAAAAACGUCAACAUCCAGAACUUCCACAUAAGCUGGAAGGAUGGCCUUGGCUUCUGUGCCUUGAUUCACCGACACCGGCCUGAGCUGAUUGACUACGGGAAGCUGCGGAAGGAUGACCCACUCACAAAUUUGAACACGGCCUUUGAUGUGGCAGAGAAAUACCUGGACAUCCCCAAGAUGUUGGACGCUGAAGACAUCGUUGGGACUGCCCGACCGGAUGAGAAAGCCAUCAUGACUUACGUGUCUAGCUUCUACCAUGCCUUCUCUGGAGCCCAGAAGGCGGAGACAGCAGCCAAUCGUAUCUGUAAGGUGUUGGCCGUCAACCAGGAGAAUGAGCAGCUCAUGGAAGACUACGAGAAGCUGGCCAGCGAUCUGCUGGAGUGGAUCCGCCGUACCAUCCCGUGGCUGGAGAACCGGGUACCUGAGAACACCAUGCACGCCAUGCAGCAGAAGCUGGAGGACUUCCGUGACUACCGGCGCCUGCACAAGCCGCCCAAGGUGCAGGAGAAGUGCCAGCUAGAGAUCAACUUCAACACGCUGCAGACCAAGCUGCGCCUCAGCAACCGGCCCGCCUUCAUGCCUUCCGAGGGCAGGAUGGUCUCGGACAUCAACAAUGCCUGGGGCUGCCUGGAACAGGCAGAGAAGGGCUACGAGGAAUGGCUGCUGAAUGAGAUCCGGAGGCUGGAGCGGCUCGACCACCUGGCAGAGAAGUUCCGGCAGAAGGCCUCCAUCCACGAGGCCUGGACAGACGGCAAAGAGCUCAUGCUGCGGCAGAAGGAUUAUGAGAUGGCCACCCUCUCAGAGAUCAAGGCCCUGCUCAAGAAACAUGAGGCCUUUGAGAGUGACCUUGCCGCCCACCAGGACCGUGUGGAGCAGAUUGCCGCCAUUGCACAGGAGCUCAAUGAGCUGGACUAUUACGAUUCACCCAGUGUCAAUGCCCGGUGCCAAAAGAUCUGUGACCAGUGGGACAAUCUGGGGGCCCUAACCCAGAAGCGGAGAGAAGCCCUGGAGCGGACAGAGAAAUUACUGGAGACCAUUGACGAGCUGUAUUUGGAGUACGCCAAGCGGGCCGCACCCUUCAACAACUGGAUGGAGGGGGCCAUGGAGGACCUGCAGGACACCUUUAUCGUGCACACCAUCGAGGAGAUCCAGGGACUGACCACAGCCCAUGAGCAGUUCAAGGCCACCCUCCCCGACGCCGACAAGGAGCGCCUGGCCAUCCUGGGCAUCCACAAUGAGGUGUCCAAGAUUGUCCAGACGUAUCACGUCAACAUGGCGGGCACCAACCCCUACACAACCAUCACGCCUCAGGAGAUCAAUGGCAAAUGGGACCAUGUGCGGCAGCUGGUGCCUCGGAGGGACCAGGCCCUGACGGAGGAGCAUGCCCGCCAGCAGCACAACGAGAGGCUACGCAAACAGUUCGGAGCACAGGCCAAUGUCAUCGGGCCCUGGAUCCAGACCAAGAUGGAGGAGAUAGGGAGGAUCUCCAUUGAGAUGCACGGGACCCUGGAGGACCAACUGAGCCACCUGCGGCAGUAUGAGAAGAGCAUUGUCAACUACAAGCCCAAGAUUGACCAGCUGGAGGGUGACCACCAGCUCGUCCAGGAGGCACUCAUCUUUGACAACAAGCACACCAACUACACCAUGGAGCACAUCCGCGUGGGGUGGGAGCAGCUCCUCACCACCAUCGCCAGGACCAUCAACGAGGUGGAGAACCAGAUCCUGACCCGGGAUGCCAAGGGCAUCAGCCAGGAGCAGAUGAACGAGUUCCGGGCCUCCUUCAACCACUUUGACCGGGAUCACUCCGGCACGCUGGGUCCCGAGGAGUUCAAAGCCUGCCUCAUCAGCUUGGGUUAUGAUAUUGGCAACGACCCCCAGAAGAAGACAGGCAUGAUGGACACAGAUGAUUUCCGCGCCUGCCUUAUCUCCAUGGGUUAUAACAUGGGAGAGGCAGAAUUUGCCCGCAUCAUGAGCAUUGUGGACCCCAACCGCUUAGGGGUAGUGACAUUCCAGGCCUUCAUCGACUUUAUGUCCCGUGAGACAGCUGACACAGAUACAGCAGACCAAGUCAUGGCUUCCUUCAAGAUCCUGGCUGGCGACAAGAACUACAUCACAGUGGAUGAGCUGCGCCGGGAGCUGCCACCAGACCAGGCUGAGUACUGCAUCGCACGAAUGGCCCCCUACACUGGCCCUGACGCUGUACCCGGUGCUCUGGACUACAUGUCCUUCUCCACGGCGCUCUACGGCGAGAGUGACCUCUAACCCCUCUAACCCACCCAGCCAGUCCUACGCCCUUGCCCCCUGCGCCCUACCCGUGCGAGCCCUGCCCUGCGCCUCCGCUGUCCCCUUUCUCCCGCUAGGGUUCUGCACUCAGCCUCCAACAGGGCGAGCUGGGACCCACGCGGCAUCAAGCCUCCCUGCCCGCCAAGUGACAGUUUACAAAUUAUUUUCUGCAAAAAAAAAAAGAAAAAAAAGUUACGUUAAAAAAGCGAAAAACAAAAAAAAUGCAUAUUUUAUUAUAGAAAAAGUAUUUUUUUCUCCACCAGACUUAAAUGGAAAAGAGGAAGAAUUAACUAUUUGCACCGAAAUGUUUUGUUUUGUUGUGACAUAGGAAAAUAACCAAGCACAAUGUUUUAUUCCAUCCUUUUUAUCAAUUUUUUUUUCUAUCUGUUCCAUCUGCUGUAUUCAUUUCUCCAAUCUCAUGUCCACCUUGAUGUGGGAGUGGGGGGGUAGGGGUGGGGGUAAUCUUGUCAAAAGGCACAUUGGUGCAUGUGUUUGCUAGCUCACUUGUCCAUGAAAAUAUUUUAUGAUAUUAAAGAAAAUCUUUUGAAA